AUGGCGUCCCCAAAUACAUCAAGUUCUGAGGUAAAUCUCUAUUCAGAAUACCAUCGAGAGUUUCAAUCUGCCGUACCUCAAAAUGAAGAAGAAUGGCUUUCACGCGCAUCAGAGAUUUCCCAAAUUUUUUCAAAAGACGCUGCAAAGAGAGAUAUUGAAAACAAAUCUCCUCGCGGUGAAGUCUCUUUAUUAAAGUCGUCAGGACUUCUAAAAGUAUUGGGUCCAAAAAGAUAUGGUGGUGGUGGUCAAUCAUGGAAUAUUGGAUACAAAAUAAUCAGAGAAGUUGCUAAAGGUGAUGGAUCUUUGGGUAUGCUACUUGGAUAUCACUUGCUUUGGUCAACAACAGCGAAUGUUGUGGGAACAGAUGAGCAGAAAGAUCGAUUACAAAAGGAGAUAAUUGAAAAUAAUUAUUUCAUGGGAGGUGCCGUUAAUCCAAGAGAUUCUGAUUUGAGUAUCAAAUCAGCCGGUGAUCACAUUGUGUUCAAUGGACAAAAGCACUUCAACACUGGUGGAGUUGUAUCUGACAUAACAAUUCUUGAAGGUGUUUUGGAGGGAACUGGGAAGCAUAUCUUUGCUGCGGUGCCAACUAGACAACCUGGAAUUCAAUUUGCCCACAAUUGGAAUAAUAUUGGAUUAAGACUCACCGAGUCCGGUAGCGUCAAGAUUGAAAAUGUUAGGGUUCCCUGGGAAGAUGCAUUAGGUUGGAAUGCCCAAACCAAGGAACCACUACCUCAAAUCCUUGCGGUCCCUUUUGCAACUCUACUACUUCCCACCAUUCAAUUGGUUUUCGCAAACUUCUAUAUCGGAAUCUCUCUUGGAGCUAUCGAAUCAGCAGCCAAGUAUACAACGACUUAUACGCGCGCGUGGCCUUUCGGCGGAGAUAACAAAGACAGUGCAACAGAGGAGUGGUACAUUCUUGAGCGAUAUGGCACAUUCCACGCACAUCUAUCUGCAGUUGUAGCUUUAGCGGAUUCUGUGGGUAAGAAGUUGACAGACAUAUAUGCAAAACAUCAAGACGAACGAUCAGUUUCUGCAGGAGAACGUGGUGAAUUGGCAGAAGCUGUUGCAGCUGUCAAGGUUGUAGCUACCGACGUUGGAUUAAAUGUGACAAGUGGAGUAUUUGAAAUGACUGGAGCAAGAGCGACUAGUAAAAAUGUUGGAUUGGAUCGAUUUUGGCGUGAUAUUAGGACGCAUAGUCUUCAUGACCCUGUUGCUUAUAAGAAAAGGGAACUUGGAAGGUGGGCAUUGUUAGGAGAGAUUCCGGAACCGACUUGGUACACUUGA